AUGGGCGUCCUCCUCCUCGCCGGCGGCGCCGCCCUCGCCCUCUCCAUCCUCUACAUCCUCCUCUUCACCGGCAAACGGGACCCACGUCUCCCACCCGGCCCCCCAACCCUCCCCCUAAUCGGCAACCUCCAUCAGAUCCCCACCAAGCGCACCCACCUCCAAUUCGCCAAAUGGGCCAAACAAUACGGCGAGAUCUACUCCCUCAAGUUCGGCCCCGGAACCUCCAUCGUCAUUUCUUCUCCUCGCCUGAUCAAACAGCUCGUCGACAAAAAGUCCCAGCUCUACUCUCGCCGCCCGCCCAGCCAUGUAGCCGAUCUCAUCGCCCAAGGUGAUCACCUCUUACUCAUGCAGUACUCCGACCGCUGGAGGACAUGCCGCAAGCUAGUCCACCAGUACUUCAUGGAGGGCAUGGUAGCGAAGCAGCACGUCAAAGUUGUCAACGCGGAGGCGGUGCAGAUGCUGCAUGAUUUUGUUACGGAGCCGAAAGGGCAUAUGAAGCAUCCAAAGAGGUUCAGCAACAGUAUCAUCAUGAGUUUGAUCUACGGGACGAGGACACCAAGUAUCAAGACGGAGCAUAUGGUUCGGUUGUAUAGUCUUAUGGAGAACUGGAGCAAGGUUAUGGAGGCGGGGAAUACACCACCCGUGGACAUCUUUCCUUUCCUGAAGCUGGUGCCGGAGGGUUUGCUGGGGAAUUGGAGGUCGAGGGCGAAGAAUGUGGGCAAGGAGAUGACAGAGUUGUAUUCGGAGUGGGUGGAGAAGGGGAUUCAACGGCAUAGGGAUCUGGGAGGGCGGGAUUGUUUUCUGGACAAGGUUUUGGAUCAGGGGUUGGAGAAGCUGGAUUUGGACAAGCAUGGGUUGUACUUUUUGUGCGGGACGGUGAUGGAGGGGGGGUCGGAUACGACGAGCUCGUUGAUUAUUGCUUUUAUUCAUGCCAUGACCAAGUGGCCGGAGGUGCUCAAGAAGGCGCAGGAGCAGAUUGAUGCUGUGGUUGGGGAGGACAGGACGCCGACUUGGGAGGAUUAUGAGAAGCUGCCGUACAUUGCGGCCUGUGUGAAGGAGGCGCAUCGGUGGAGGCCGGUGACGCCGUUGGCGUUCCCUCAUUCGUUGGCGGAGGAUGAUUGGGUUGAUGGGAUGUACUUGCCCAAGGGGAGUGAUAUCUUUAUCAAUGCUUUUGGGAUGCAUAUGGAUGAGAAGAGGUUUCCCAACCCGGAUGUGUUCAACCCAGAUAACUACGAGGGGUACACGGCGUUGGCGUCGGAGUUGGCUGGCGGUGAUUACAACAACCGGGAUCAUUAUGGGUAUGGCAGUGGGAGGAGGAUUUGCCCUGGCAUUCACUUGGCCGAGAGGAACUUGUUUUUGGCGGUUGCCAAGUUGGUGUGGGCUUUUAACAUUGGGCCUGGGCUGGAUGCCUCCGGGAGGGAGAUCCCACCAGAUGUCAGCCAUGAAACUGGAUACUGCUCAGGUUUCUUGGUGUGCGCGGAGGACUUUCCAGCUACUAUCACACUGAGAUCAGAGGCACGAAAGGCGACGAUUUUGAGAGAGUAUGCUGCUGCCAGGGCAGAGGUGUUUUCUCAGUACGAGCUACCGAAGGAGUAG